AUGCCAACCUGCAACAGGAAAGGCUGUGGAAAAGAGUUCGACCCCGCCAAAAACUCGGACGGAGACUGUCAGUAUCAUCCCGGCGGUCCAAUAUUCCACGAAGGGUUGAAAUGCUGGUCUUGCUGCAAGGAGGUGAACAAACCUGUGCUGACGUUUGACGAGUUUAUGGCUAUCCCCGUAAAUGGGAAGCAUACACUGCAAGUACAGGAAUCUGCCCCGCCUCCUUCUGUCAAGACUUCCACGCAUACGGUCACCGCCUCCGAAGGAAAGGAAGUGUAUACCACGGCAGCCGCCUCGCCCACUCUCGCAGCGCAGACCUCUCUCCCCAAGCCCGUCCCCGCAGUGCCUAAAGCACCCAAGGAACCCGCAAAGCCCGUCCCGAUAGAGAUAGAGGAUGAUGAGCCUGGGGUAAAGGUCGAGCCGGGGACGAAAUGCAAGAGGAACGGGUGUAAUGCUGUGUAUGUGGAUGACGAGACGCACCGGACUGAAGGGGGGAAGGAAGCUGUCUGCGUGUUCCAUCCCGCUCCUCCUAUAUUCCACGAAGGCUCCAAAGGGUACAUGUGCUGCAAACGCCGUGUGCUGGAGUUUGACGAGUUCCUCCGAAUCACCGGGUGCACAACGGGGAAACACCUCUUCGUCGGCAAGCCCAAGUCUCCAGAAGCGGAAGAAGAGCUCGUGCAGUGCCGGAUAGAUCACUACCAGACGCCGAAGACUGUACAAGUGAGCGUGUUCGCUAAGAAGACCGGGAAGGAGAGUAUGGUGCGCUUUGGGGAGCAGAGCGUCGAGCUGGAUCUUCACCUCCCGGAGAGGAAGAGGUUUACGAAGACGCUGAGGCUGUACGGACCUAUCAAUGCUGAGGAGUCGGGUUAUACGAUCCUGGCAACGAAGGUGGAGCUCAAGCUAGUAAAGGCGGAUACGAGGUCGUGGAAUAUGCUCGAGCAGCCUAGGGAGGGAACACCUGUGCCGGAGGGGUUUAACCUUACGUUCGGCGUGGGUGGGAGGACGGGCACGAUCGGUGCAAAGGAUGUCAUACUAGACGAGGGGAACAAGCUGAAGCGCGCGGGUACGGACGUGAAGGCCUAG